AUGGAAGAAAUAAAUUUGUUACUAGUGAAUAGUGGAAACACCCCAACUUGUACUAGACAACAGAGAAACUCAAUUGUAGACUUGACCUGGGCAACACCCAAAAUUUUAGGUAGAAUUGAGAAAUGGACUGUCGAAGACACGGUGCUGUCCCUCUCAGAUCAUAACUACAUUACCUAUAGUAUAAACAUAGGGAAACGUACAAGCAUUCCAGUCGUCCCUACUAGUACAUCCCGACGAUGGAAAACUGAUAACAUGGACGAAGAACUAUUUGAAGAAGCAAUAGAAUGGAGUUGUCACUCUUAUAUCUCACAAGACACCACGAUCGUAAAUGAUGUUGAAUGGAUUGAUAAAACUAUAGCUCAGGCUGCUGACUUAUCUAUGAAGGAACUUUCCGAGCUUGCAAAACUGUAUAAAGAAGCUAAAAAAGAACUCAGCCAGGCAAUAUAUAAUGCAAAAGAAAAUUCUUGGAAGGAAUUAAUCCGGGAGAUUGACAAGGACCCAUGGGGAAUUUCCUAUAAACUUGUCAUGAAUAAAUUAAAAAUUAGUGGUCCCGGCAUAAGUGAAAUAUUUGAAGAACAUAUACUUAAGGAAGUAAUCCAUAAGUUAUUCCCUAGAGAUGACAACAAGGAUAACAACAUAGAGCUUAGAGUUAGAGAAUGGAAGGAUGAAUGGGAUGUGAGUUUUGCGGAAACUAAUAAAGCUUUACGUAGAAAAGGAGCUAGGAACACGGCACCUGGAAUAGAUGGUAUCAAUAAUAAAAUGUGGAAAAAGACCCCAGACAACAUGAUUAAUAAGGUUGCGGAAAUAUUUACCAAAUGCAUGCGGCAUGGGGAAUUUCCCACUCAAUGGAAACGAGCGAGGUUAGUAUUAAUUCCCAAAGGCAAAAUCGAGGAACAAAGGAUUCCCAAAGCUCGUCCCAUAUGUUUAAUAGAUGACAUUGGCAAAGGUUUAGAACGAAUUAUAGUGGAACGUAUUGAAAACUGGACGCAAGAAAUGGCAAACAGAGGAUAUCAUAACCUUACAAUCUGCAAAGACCAAUAUGGUUUUAGAAGAAACAAGUCAACAAUCGACGCCCUAUCUAGAGUAAUAGAACGAGCCAAGGAAUCAAGACAUACAGGAAGAGUAACAAUGUUAUUGUGCCUUGACAUUGAAAAUGCGUUUAACAGCAUCCCAUGGAAAGAAAUCGGUAAUACACUAAAAAAACAGAAAUUCCCUAAAUAUCUUAGAAAAAUACUGCAUAGUUAUUUCCACAAUAGAUGCGUCGAAUAUACAAAUAAAUCUGGCGAAAUAGUCAAGACUAGUGUAGAAAGAGGUGUUCCGCAGGGUUCGGUGUUGAGACCAUUAAUUUGGAACUUAGUUUAUGACCAAGUACUUAGGAUCAAAAAAGAAGAAAACUGUGAAGUAAUCGGCUAUGCAGACGAUACCCUGGUUAUGGCUACUGCCGACACGUAUAAAGAAGCUAAAUUUACGGCAUACAUACAAGCUGAAAGACUUAUACGUACCAUUCGAAACAUGGGAUUUAAGGUAGCAGUGGAAAAAACCGAAGCUAUGAUUUUCUUUGGAAUGAUCCUGGACAGCAAAUUGAGUUUUGCGGAACAUUUCCGAUAUAUCAGUGAGAAAGUUGAAAAAGUCAAAAAAGCCUUAUGUAGACUUAUGCCUAAUCUUCGAGGACCUCAUGAAAGUAAAAGACUAGAGAAGACUAUACGGUUACAUCAUACAAUCCAUAGUUAUGUACGGUGCACCAGUGUGCGAAUUAAGAAAACCGAGUCAGCAAUGUGUUCCUACUGUGAGGGAGGCAUUGACAACGCGGAACAUACGCUUUGCCAAUGUGAUGAGUGGACUAGGGAAAGAGAAGAAAUGAAAGAAGAGAUGAAUAAUAACAUCAACCUGAGGACUUUUAUUGAGGCAAUAUGCACCAGCAAGGAAAUAUAUUUGGCGGCUAACACCUUCGCUCAUAAAGUUAUGGGCAAGAAGGAGGAAGACGAGAGAAUAAGACAACGAAGAGAACAAGAAUGCGCGUCAGGACCCUUACUUACUCCCUGA